UCUGAACAGCACAACAAGAAGCGAAUGAGAAGCGCAGUGGUUUCUAAACGUGGACUCGGAGCUGUUUUAUAUCGGAAAUAUUCCCAGAUAGACGCUUUCAACCCGUCCUGCUACUUAUUUAAAGUUUGUUCUCGCGGAUGUGAAUUGGGAAGCUAAGCGAAACUCCUCCGAAAAUAGCCUUGUUUUAGGGAUUUAAAGAAGUUUGAUAUCGUGCCGGUGCACGGGAUUUGUGUUGACAUCCAGUAUUGAUUGUUUUUACUUUUUGCGCGGACUGACAGACGAUUGAAAUGUUUCCUGAUCAUUUAUAAAUUCUGGAUAUAUAUUUAAAAACAAACAAACAAACAACGCAAUUACAAUGCCAUGAAACAAGGCAUGCCCAUGAAGAUUUUCAAAAUGAUCAUCACUUUCUGUAUGAUGGACCAUGAAUUGACGCAUACAUGUCAAAAUACAGAAGAUAUUAUUAAUAUUUUCUGUAACUAUACAAACAACACAAAAAUCACCUGUAUGGCUUGGAUGUAGUAAAUUGUUUACUGCUAUUUUAAAACUUUUUAUGCAGUUAUAACAAUGGGACAUUGCAUGAAGAUUGGGAUUGGACUUUUCCAGUUUAUGAUUGCUGCAUCUACACUGGAGAUUGGAGCAUAUGAUUUGGAGCGUGGCCGUCCGGCAAAAUGCGAACCCAUCACCAUUCCCAUGUGCCAAGGAAUUGGCUACAACAUGACUCGGAUGCCUAACCUGCUAAAUUAUGAAAGUCAAGAGGAAGCAAGCAUUAAGCUGAAUGAGUUUGCUCCGCUGGUGAAGUACGGAUGUGACAUCCACCUGCGAUUUUUCCUGUGCUCUUUAUAUGUGCCAAUGUGCGCUGAACAAGUGUCCGCCUCUAUUCCAGCAUGCCGUCCUAUGUGUGAACAGGCACGACAAAGGUGUUCACCAAUAAUGGAACAAUUUAGUUUCAGUUGGCCGGACUCAUUGGAUUGCUCAAAACUCCCGACCAACAAUGACCCAAAUGCUCUGUGCAUCGAAGCUCCAGAAAAUGACACUCAACCUGAGACUAAAAAAGGUGAGGGCAUGUUGCCAGUACCUCCAAGGUCCAGGCAACCCACAACAGUAAGCGGACGCAUCUCAAGCAUCUCUCAGUCCUGUGAAAACCCGGAGAAGUUCCAAUAUGUGGACAAGAGCGAGUCCUGUGCGCCCCGUUGCACUCCUACAGUGGAUGUCUUCUGGUCAAGGCAAGAUAAGGACUUUGCAUUCAUUUGGAUGGUCGUGUGGUCAACGCUUUGCUUUGUUUCUACAGCAUUCACAGUUCUAACCUUUCUCCUUGACCCCCAACGUUUUCAGUACCCCGAGCGUCCCAUCAUCUUCCUCUCCAUGUGUUACAACAUCUAUUCAGUGGCCUUCAUCAUCCGUUCAGUAGCUGGGGCUGAGAACAUCGCGUGUGAUCGAGAAAACGGAGAACUCUACAUUAUCCGUGAAGGUCUAGAAAGCACAGGCUGCACCAUAGUCUUCCUCAUCCUCUAUUACUUUGGCAUGGCCAGCUCCAUCUGGUGGGUCAUCCUCACCCUCACCUGGUUUCUCGCAGCAGGACGAAAAUGGGGCCACGAGGCCAUCGAGGCGCACAGCAGCUACUUCCAUAUGGCCGCCUGGGGUAUUCCUGCAGUGAAGACCAUAGUCAUCCUCACUAUGAGAAAGGUGGCUGGGGAUGAGUUGACAGGAUUGUGUUACGUGGGAAGCAUGGACAGUAGCGCUCUCAUUGGCUUUGUGUUGAUCCCUCUCUCUUGUUAUCUCGUCGUCGGGACGUCUUUCAUCCUCACGGGUUUCGUGGCGCUCUUCCACAUUCGCAAAAUUAUGAAAACCGGUGGCACCAACACUGAAAAGCUGGAAAAGCUCAUGGUUAAGAUCGGAGUCUUUUCCAUUCUUUACACAGUGCCUGCAACUAUUGUGAUCAUAUGCUAUUUCUAUGAAAGACUCAAUAUGGAAUACUGGAAGUAUAGAGCUCUGGAGAACAAGUGCGUGUCCUUUCCUGGUCGCAGGAGUGAGGAUUGCUCCCUGGACUCAUCGGUUCCUUCAGUAGCUGUGUUCAUGCUGAAAAUUUUUAUGUCGCUAGUGGUGGGCAUCACCAGCGGGGUUUGGGUAUGGAGCUCAAAAACUCUUCAGACAUGGCAGGGCUUGUGCAACAGGAGGUUGGGUGUGCAGACCAGCCAUAAGCCCUGUUCCGGCGUCAGCUGCAGCAACUCCCACUGCCAUUACAAAGCACCGGCUGUGACAAUUCACAUGAACAAAACGGACGUGUACACAGACAGUCCCACACAUGUUUAAGAGGAAAGGCCUUUGCUUUAGGGCCAAGCACAGACUUACGCGUGACCAGAUGCUACAGAUCACGGUAAAAGUCACAACUCUUGUCAAGCCUUGCCUUGAUAUUGCAGAGAUGAAGUAAAUGUCACUUAUGUAAAGAAAGGGUUUGUUGUAUGGAACGAUUGUACAGUAGUUGAUGCAGCAAACACACACUUCAGAGUGCUUUAUUUAUUGUGGAUUUUUAAGUAUUGUUGGUGGUAUGGUUUUGUACUUUAUGUGUUAUACUGUAUAUAAGGAAGAGUUUGUAAUAGUAUCUUAUUUUUUUUUUCUCAAAGAAAGAGUAAUAAAACAUUUAUUAUUA